GUUGUCUCCGGAAAUGAUUCCACUUUCUCUCGAGCUUCCGAGGUGGAUGUAGAAGAGAAGCGGGAGUCGCUGCAGCGCUCGGGAAUGACGUGCUGGAUUCCAGACUGAUGGCGUCAGGCACAGCGAGCCGCUCUGAAGACGAAGAGUCUCUGGCAGGGCAGAAAAGAAGCUCAUCACAGGUGUCGGGUGCCAUCCCAAAACGGCGCAGUUCAUCCAGGUUCAUCAAAAGGAAGAAGUUUGAUGAUGAACUGGUAGAGAGCAGCCUUGCCAAAUCAUCCAGCCGGGCCAAGGGCCCUAGUGGGGUGGAACCUGGGCGCUGUUCUGGCAGUGAGCCCUCUUCCAGUGAGAAGAAGAAGGUGUCCAAAUCCAUCUCUGCACCUGCCACUCCAAGCCCAGCUCCAAACCCCAGCCUUGCCAAGCGGAUGAAGAAGAGCAAGCAGCCCUUGCAAGUGACCAAGGAUUUGGGCCGAUGGAAAGCCACUGACGACCUGCUGCUGAUCAACGCAGUGCUUCAGACCAAUGACCUGACCUCUGUGCACUUGGGAGUGAAGUUCAGCUGCCGUUUUAACCUGCGGGAAAUCCAGGAGAGGUGGUAUGCUCUGCUGUACGACCCUGUGAUCUCCAAGUUGUCCUGCCAGGCCAUGCGGCAGCUGCAUCCCGAAGCCAUUGCUUCUACCCAGAGCAAGGUGCUGUUCAGCAAAGCGGAGGAGCAGCUGCUAAGCAAAGUGGGAUCGACGAGCCAGCCCACUUUGGAUACCUUCCAGGACCUGCUUCACAAACACCCGGAAGUUUUCUACCCGUCACGCACGGCCAAAGCCCUGCAAACGCACUGGCAGCUCAUGAAGCAGUACUACCUCCUGGAUGAUCAGACAGUGCAGCCGCUGCCCAAAGGGGACCAGGUGCUGAACUUCUCUGAUGCUGAAGACAUGAUAGAUGACAGCAAACUGAAGGACGUACGAGAUGAAGUGCUGGAGCAUGAACUGACCGUGGCUGACCGGAGACAGAAACGUGAAAUCCGGCAGCUGGAGCAAGAGCUGCACAAGUGGCAGGUGCUGGUGGACAGCAUAACAGGAAUGAGUUCCCCUGAUUUCGACAACCAGACAUUGGCUGUGCUGCGUGGGAGGAUGGUGCGUUACCUCAUGCGCUCCAGGGAGAUCACUCUUGGUAGAGCCACCAAAGACAAUCAGAUUGAUGUGGAUCUAGCAUUGGAGGGGCCAGCAUGGAAGAUCUCUCGCAAGCAAGGAGUCAUCAAGCUGAAGAACAAUGGUGACUUCUUCCUGGCCAAUGAAGGCCGACGGCCCAUUUAUGUUGACGGGCGCCCCGUGCUGUGUGGCAGCAAGUGGAAGCUGAGCAACAACUCGGUGGUGGAGAUUGCCAGUCUGCGCUUUGUCUUCCUCAUCAACCAGGAUCUGAUUGCGCUGAUCAAGGCCGAGGCUGCCAAAAUCGCCCAGCCCUGAGGCACAUCUCAGAACCAAAGGCAUCAGCCUGGAACUGUGUGUGGGUCCU